CCUUCAGUCAUUGAACGACCUCUCAGUGAUACUACGAUCGAGGAGAGAGUGAUAGAAAAGGAACGCAGCAGAUUGUGGAAGGUAAACCUACGACUCGAACGAACAGAACCAUUCGAAAAUUCAUUAAGAGAACCUCUCUUUGUGAAGCCAUGAGUCAAGUAGAAUCCUCCUCGAAGGAGCGUCUUGCUUUCUCUAUAGAAGGGAUCCUUGGGAAGCAAUCUUCGCUCGAGAUUACGAAAGGAUACACAAUCUCAUCUAAAACAGCAAAGAGGGAAAAUGACUAUGAUCAGUGCUGUCAGGUCUCAAGCUCCGACGAAGAAGUUGAACAUUUUAGUCUUGGUGGCGAGAGUGAAAGGAAACUUGGCAUUUCUAAAACUGAAUCUCCAGACUCAGAGCAAUUUCGCGAACAGGGCGAGCAGGACACAGAGAGCGAGUCCAAUGGAGAUGUAGACGACUUAGAAAUUAACAAAAAGGCGACACACCGAGGAGGCAAGAAGAAGAAGCGCAUCUUAUUCACGAGAUCGCAGAUCUACGAACUGGAGCGUCGAUUCCGCGUGCAGCAGUAUCUAUCAGCCCCUGAGCGCGAGCACCUCGCCCGCAUGAUCAGCCUCACUCCAGUGCAAGUCAAAAUCUGGUUUCAGAACCAUCGGUACAAGUGUCGGCAACGCUACAAGCAAGACGGUCCAACAGACUCGGAGAUAGAGGCGAGAAAAUACGGGCUGUACUCUGUACCUGCGUCAUACAAACCCUACCUAGACGCUCGACUAUCUUCCCAUCAUCCAUACGCAUCGGCAUUUCAACCCUGGACUCAAACUUUGCCUGCACGUGUACUUGACUUUGCCUCGAAAGAUCGCAUACCAACGGUCUGUCCGGACUACUUAGUCCCUAAUGCGCCUUUCCCAAUGUUCCAAUACGCGGGAGGCUUGUACUUUCAGUCUUAGCUCUAUUAGUUUCAAGACAGAGUACCGGUUCAUUAAGGCAUAAUUUUCUUUAAUCUUUGAAUUUUUUUAAGCACCAGUGCGGUUAAUAAAUCAAAAGGUAAGCUGCAGAUUUCCAGAUACUUUAAAAUGUACAGAGAGCCGCGCUUUAAUUAACUAUUAUCUGGAAUCCAUAAUUGGAAAAUAAUUGCCACAUAUUUUCCUAGAAAGAAAAAUUCACAACUAGUAUGUACAUAUCAGAUAAAACAAAACCCUUAGAUAUUUAUCAUUGCAAAUUAUUGUAUAAUAUUGACCAAGAAAAUUAUUGUUUUGAAAUAAAAGAAUACCAUCUA